AUGCCCGACCGUCCCUCAACGGUCCCGAGGCUCAGGUGGUACUUGCUCGUUGUCACUUUUCCGGAGGCGUUCGUUUUCUUUCAAGGUUGCCUUCUAGCGUCCGUGGACACGGAAGGCGGCGCCCGGGUCCCUGCUCCUGCCCGCCAGGCCACCACGCGGGACCUCGUCUUCCUUUCAUCCCACAUCCCAUCCCAUCCACCAUCUCCAGUCCAAUCCAGGCAGGGCCUUCUCCUCAUCCUGCCCCCUCACCCUCACCCUCACCCUCACGCACGCCCGGCAAGGCAAGGCAAGGCACAAGGGCAACCUAAACUUACACGCCCAGUCCCAGCCCCGCCUCGCGCACUCACCCGCAUCCCGCAAUCCUCUGCUCGCCAUCCAUCCCUCCCCCCNCCCCCCCCCCGCGAGCGAGCCGCCACCCCUCGUCAGCACAUUCUCGACCGUUUCCAGUCAACCCCCGUUCCCUGCCCUUCCCCAGGACCACGCGACUUCUCGGUCUCCAACCCGUUCGGGCUCCGCCAUCUGCUUCUUCCAUCCUCACCACCCCGUGGGGAGAACACAUAUAGUUGCCCGUUUCCCCGUGGCAAACGGAUCUCAACGACUCGUCACCCGGCCCGGAGCAUCCGCAUGUUCCACAGUUCCUGA